UAAUCAGUUUCGGCAAAACAGAAAGUAUGGCUGUUGUGGAAGGACGUGAAAGUUGGAGUAGAAGUGUCGAGUAUUUACUGGCGACAGCAGGAUAUGCCGUCGGUUUGGGAAAUGUUUGGAGAUUUCCAUACCUCUGCUACAGAAGUGGAGGCGGGGCUUUUUUGAUCCCAUUCUUCAUUAUGUUAGUCCUGUGUGGAAUUCCACUUCUGUACAUGGAGAUGGCAGUUGGACAGUACACACAGCAGGGACCUAUAGGUGCCAUAGCAAAACUGUGCCCAUUUUUUAAAGGUGCUGGCAUCGCAACAGUUGUGAUAUCAUUCCUGUUCACCACGUAUUACAAUGUGAUCAUCACGUGGGCAUUUUACUACCUCUUCAGUUCUUUCACGUCAAAACUUCCGUGGUCGGACUGCAGCAAUGACUGGAAUUCAGAUGAUUGUUUUGACGGGAAUAACAAAACUGUGAUUGACCCCAUUACCAACGUCACCACAGUGGUACUAAGGUCAAAUGAUAGUUUGUCCCCCACAGAGGAUUUUUAUGAGCAGCGACUGUUGGAGAAAUCAUCAGGAAUAGAUGAACCAGGUGUUUUACAAUGGGACCUCUCUCUUAUACUGUUGAUGUGCUGGAUACUGGUGUAUUUCUGUAUCUGGAAAGGACCAAGGUUAACUGGGAAGGUGGUAUAUUUUACAGCAACAUUUCCUUAUCUAGUGUUAGUAGUGUUGCUUGUCAGAGGACUCACUCUUCCAGGAGCUGUGAACGGGAUCUUGUAUUUUAUCGUACCACGCUGGAAACUUUUGCUUGAUGCUAAUGUGUGGGUGAAUGCUGCAGCUCAAACAUUUAACUCCCUUGGUAUUGCUUUUGGCGGGAUCAUCACAAUGUCCAGUUAUAACAAGAGGAAAAAUAGAAUAUUGAAAGAUGUGUUAAUUAUCGGUGUAGUGGAUGCGGUCACAUGCUUGCUGGCAGGCUUUGCAAUAUUUUCCAUUCUAGGAUACCUCGCAUAUAACCAGGAUAAAGAUGUAGAGGAAGUGAUUAAAGAAGGUCCUGGGUUAGUGUUUGUGAUCUACCCGGAGGCGUUUACAAGUAUGCCAGUGUCUCAGCUGAUCUCAGCCCUUUUCUUCUUCAUGUUGAUUUGUCUUGGAAUAGACAGUCAGUUUGCCUCAGUUGAAGUUAUCGUGACAACCAUUCAGGACCAUUUCGCUCCUCAAGUGAAGCGGUUUCUACGUCGUAAAGAAAUCCUAGUCUUAGUUGUGUGUAUCAUAUCCUUCCUUUGUGGGCUACCAAAUGUUACUCAGGGAGGAAUAUACUUUUUCCAGUUGAUAGAUUACUAUGCAGCUGCAAUGUCCUUGAUGUACCUUGCUUUCUUUGAAGUUAUAGCAAUUACAUGGUUUUAUGGUGCUAAACGAUUAGCAAGGAAUAUUGAGCAUAUGAAUGGUUCAUCACCAUCAAUUUUCUUCAUUGUCUGUUGGUAUGGAAUAUCACCACUCCUUAUCCUUGGAAUAUGGGUAUUCAGCUUAGUGCAGUACAAACCGUUCAGUGUGGCAGACUACGAGUACCCGGGUUGGGCGAUUGCUCUUGGCUGGCUUAUAGCAGCUAUGUCGAUAAUUUGUAUUCCUGCAGGAAUGGUUCAUUCAGUUGUUACAGCUCAAGGGAAGACACUCUGGCAGAAAUUCAAGAAUUCAUUAAAACCUCAAAGCAUGGAAAAAGAAGAAAUGAAUGGAGAUAUUGGUUUUAAAGACAUUAACAGUGGUACAAACUUUCCUGUAGAUGAUUGUUACUUGGAGAAUGGGCAGAUCAUCUUUAAAGGAAAGUCAAAUCAAGACAACUUGUACCCCAGUCUCUGUGACGAGGUGCAACCACUAAGUUAUAAACAGGUGUGAAUUUUGUGCUGUGUAUUUUGUUUCCAAGAGUCGAAUAUGAUAAAAUGUCAGGGAAAAUCAAGGGAGUUUUACAAAGUACAUCACAAUGAUUUUUAUUUGUUUGAUACAUUUUAGAAACAGCACAUGGUUUUUUUUGUGUUAUAAUGUCUGCAGAAACCCAAGGGAUUCUGCAGAUGUUAAAGCUGUUGGAGCAUAAAACAUGUACUGGUUGGGAACCAUUUUCCAGGCACAUUUUCAUAUUUCAACUCCCUUAUUCCCUAAAAAAUUAUUUGCCAUAAAUGAAGCUAACACUGCAAAAACUUCAGCUCCUUCCACAUCCGAUGUUGUAAUCAGCAUCGCAUUGUGACGUAAAAUAUGGGUUACAUGGGGCCUCAAAUGGGGUCACUAAGAUAAGUUAUUUUUCCCGUCAUGUAAACCAGUAUCCGGACAAAUAUAUUGACAGUGUUUUGUUGUUAAUUUGAUAUCAAAAGAAGUAAUUAAACUAUUUCUACAAAUUUCUUUAUCAUUCAUCUCUUCUAAAUUGCACAUGAAACAUAACCCGACGUUCAAAAGCAGCUACGAAAGCAAACCGAGGUUGACUAUAAAAAACUCGAAUUUCGUCUUGUACGAAUUCUUGAUAAUUUCAAUAGAUAUAGAAUAAAAUUAGUGAAAAAAUCGACAGCCCUGCAUCUUAGCAUGAAAUUAAAGGUAGAACAUGUUAUCAGCAGACAAUCAUUAUGUAGUUUGAUUAUUUCUUCCCCAAUUGAUACCUCGGCAUGUAUUAACUACUGCGCAUGCGCAAUGCUUUCUUCAUGCCCCGUUAAGACAGAAAGUUGUUUUGUAAACUCAGGUGAGUUAUCAUCAAAAACCCAAACAUUAUAUAGCCUUAUAAAAUAGUGGUUUGUUGUAGAUAUGAAGAACAAACAUCUAAAUGAUCUAGAUGAAACAAUUACAUGUCAUUGAUUAACAACAAAUUAAAGCGGAUAUUACAUGUGUCCGGAAACUGGUCCUGUCCGAAAAAUGGUUCCCAACCAGUAAAGAGAAAUUAAUUAAAUGAACAUAAUAUUGAUAAGCAUUCAUGUCCACUCUCACCUAUUUUAACUAUGCCUUUUAGGGCCUAAAUAUAUUUAUGUUUUGCCGUGGAAUAUGCAUAUAUAAAACGUGUAAACAGCAUAUGAUCUUGUUAACACACUUUUACUCUACCGUUCAAACAAAAAACCUGGAAAUUGAUAAUAACAGCUAUUACAUGAUGCAAUAUUUUUUCUAUAAGAUAUGUCCAGAACAUUCCUUAUUGUGCAACAACAGUCUAGUUUUAAAAUAUUUUAUCUUUUUUUUUAGUUUAGGACUAACUCAUUCUUUAUGCCAUCCAUACAAAAAUGCGUUUGUAUUACAUUGGGCAGGAAGCUCCCUGUAUAUAGUGAUUUAAUUGUGCGUUUUGAUUGAGAACAAAAUCUUUUUUUAAAGUAGAAAUCUAUGUUUCUCUGUAUUUAUGUAGGAUGUUUUUGUUUUUGUUAUCCUUUCCAUACAUGCACACUUUAAAAUAAUUUUUACUUUUGUUUGUAUUUCAUAUUAAAUUGUGGUUUGCAUGCAUGACUGUUCAACAUUUUUCAACAUUUUGUGCCAGUAUGUAGGAUUUGUUUUUAUAUAUUCACUGCCGAUUGUUUCUUUUAUCAUUUCAUUUAUAAGUUUCAUAUUGCAUUCAGAUGAACGUUGACAACAUGAACAAUGUAUUUUUCUCAUGCCUUAUUUCCUAAUAUAGACAGCUAUGUUGAUGGUACUCAUCAGUUCAAAAGGACGCCAUAUCUUCUGAACUGCUGUAGGGAUUUUUCAUAAAACAAGCUUUACUAAUUGUUUACCUCAUCAGAAUGAUGUGCCAAGUCCAAGAUCCAGACCACUGUGUCAUUGUCACACUUAGUGGCCAAAUAACUUGUUUUAUGUCUAUCCCAUAUCUUCAAAACAGCUAGAAGGAUUUUCAUAAAUUUAGUAUCCGCUUUUUACAUAUUUAAGAUGACAUGCCAAGCUCAGGUCACUAGGUCCAAAGUCAAAAAUCUCACUUAUUUCAUGUUCACUUAAUAUCUUCUAAACGACUGGCUAGAUUUUAAUAAAUACAGCAGUUUCAGUUUUUAGCUCACCUGUCAUGAAGUGACAAGGUGAGCUAUUGUGACCGCUUGAUGUGCAUCGUGCAUUGUCCGUCGUGCAUCAACAAUUUGUAAAAAAAUCUUCUUCUUGAAAACCACUGGGCAGAAUUUCACCAAACUUCACAGGAAUGAUCCUUGGGUGGUCCCCUUUCAAAAUUGUUCAAAGAAUUGAAUUCCAUGCAGAACUCUGGUUGCCAUGGCAACCGAAAGGAAGAAUUUUAAAAAUCUUCUCGUCAAAAACCAGAAGCUCUAGAGCUUAGAUAUUUGGUGUGAAGCAUUGCCUUGUAGACCUCUACCAAUUCUUUUCAAAUCAUGACCCCGGGUCAAAAUUGACCCCGCCCCAGGGGUCACUUGAUUUUACAUAGGAAAAUCUUAAAAAAUCUUCUUCUCAAAAACCAGAAGACCUAGAGCUUAGAUAUUUAGUGUGUAGCAUUGCCUAGUGGACCUCUACCAAGUUUGUUCAAAUCAUGACCCCGGGGUCAAAAUUGACCCCGCCCCAGGGGUCACUUGAUUUUACAUAGGAAAAUCUAAAAAUAAACCAGAAGGCCUAGAGCUUAGAUAUGUCACAUGUAGCAUUGCCUUAGUGGACCUCUACAAAAUUUGUUCAAAUCAUGACCCGGGGUCAAAAUUGACCCCCAGGGGUCACUUGAUUUUACAUAGGAAAAUCUUAAAAAAUCUUUUCUCAAAAACCAGAAGCCCUAGAGCUUAGAUAUUUGACAUGUAGCAUUGCCUAGUGGACCUCUACUAAAGUUGUUCAAAUCAUGACCCCGGGGUCAAAAUUGUCCCCGCCCCAGGGGUCACUUGAUUUUACAUAGGAAAAUUUUCAAAAAUUUUCUAAAAAUAAACCAGAGGGCCUAGAGCUUAGAUAUUUCACAUGUAGCAUUGCCUAGUAGACCUCUACAACAUUUGUUCAAAUCAUGACCCCCGGGGUCAAAAUUGACCCCUCCCCAGGGGUCAAAAUUGACCCCUUCCCUAGGGGUCACUUGAUUUUACAUAGGAAAAUCUUCAAAAAAUUUCUAAAAAUAAACCAGAAGGCCUAGAGCUUAGAUAUUUCACUUGUAGCAUUGCCUAGUGGACCUCUACAAAAUUUGUUCAAAUCAUGUCCCCCAGGGUUAAAAUUGACCUCGCCCCAGGGGUCACUUGAUUUUACAUAGGAAAAUCUUAACAAAAUUUUCUAAAAAUAAACCAGAAGGCCUAGGUCUUAGAUAUUUGCCAUGUAGCAUUGCCUAGUAGACUUCUACAAAAUUUGUUCAAGUCAUGACCCCCACCCCAUGGGGUUACUUAAUUGUACAUAGAAAAGUCUUCAAAAUUUUCUAAAAAUAAACCAGAAGAGCUUAGAUAUUUGACAUGUAACAUUGCCUAGUGGACCUCUACAAAUUUUUUUUCAAAUCUUGACCACCCAGGGUCGAAUUGACCCAGCCCAGGUGUUACUUUAUUUUAUGUUACUAUAAAUAGCUUAUUUAGUAACUUCUUUAUUAUUGGCCGGAGGGAAAAACUGAGACCACUUUUCUGUGAUACAACAUGGAUGAUACCUCCAAUUUUUAGGUGUAUUUUGACAUAUCUCUACCUUUAAGAAAAUUUCAGCUAUAUUUACUCAUGAUUCUUUUGAUUGAUCUUGAUUAUGAUUUUUUGACCUUCCUGUCCUGAAGUGCAAUGAUAACAGGUGAGCGAUUAUAGGGCCAUUAUGGCCCCUCU